AUGUACGCUGGCGGCGGGGCGAACGAAGGCGAGCACCACGGCUCGAGCACCAGCGCGCCGUUUGCCAGCGCGGCGGCCGAAGCCAAUGACCUCGACGCGCUCGUGUUUGAGUUCGGCACGGCCAAGUGCAAAUUGGGCUACGCGGGGGAAGACUUUCCGCGCGUGUGCGAGUGUCCCGUGUUGACUGCCAACGUACGGGACGAUUGGGCCGUGGGACAGCGGCCCAUGUCGCGUCGCGCGGCCCAACUCGAGAGCGAUCCCGAGAAAAUGGCGCAAUGGCUCUUUGACGCCAGCUGUUCGAAACUGCAGACGAGGCUUAGUGACCACCCGUUGCUAUUGGUCGAGCGGCCAUUUGCCGUCCCGGACGACGUCUUGGUCGAGACAGGGGGAUCGUCGGACGCGACAAUGGCUCUGCACGCUAAAGAAUUGCAAGACGCCCAUAUGGGUCUGAAGAAGACGGAGGUGCCGCACGCGCUUUCGAAUAGUGGCACGAGCAAGAAAAGGGACGUGCGGGCGCGCGAACAGCUGGUGGAAGUCGUGAUGGAAGAGCUGGGCGUGCCGGCGCUCUUUUGUGCCAAAAGUGCCGUUCUCGUGUGCUAUGCGAAUGCCCGAACCAGUGGACUGGUCGUGGAAAUGGGGGCGACGUAUACGAGUGUGACGUCGGUGCAUGAGGGGUACGCGUUUGCGUACCCCAAGAGCCAAGUCACGGUAUUUGGUGGACGCGAUUUAGAUGCGUUUUUGAAACAAAAGCUAGCGCCACAGAUGGCUACAAGUCUCGAGCAACGCGUCGCGACAACGUCAAUGGACAAUGAGAUGGCCAAGCGGAAGAAACACACGUGGUCGUACGUCGUCGAAGCAAAGGAGAGUGGAUUGUGUCGAGUGGCCGAUGGACCGUUUGAUGAAGUGCAGAACGCCCAGCUGCCGUUGAUCAACUAUGAAUUGCCGGACAAGACUGUUGUGGCAAUGGGCACCGAGCGAUUUAGUGUCGCUGAGCACUACUUUCUGCGAGACGGAGCACAUCCUGCACCAAACAGUGGGACGGACGCGAGCAGCACUGUAUCUGCUGGACUGGGUAUGCGACUACCAGAGCUGAUUUGUGAGACAGGAGGACUUACUACCGCCACGGAGCUACGAAAAGAAUUGUUCCAAAACAUUGUGCUGAGUGGAGGCAGUUCGUGCUUUGAGAAUAUGCCGAAUCGAAUCGAACGUGAAGUGGUGACCUCAUUGAGUGGCAUGUCGUUGCCACUGGUUGCAUCGAGCCACAACACUGUAUCGGCUGGAUUUACCAACAGCUUGCGCGUGAAGGUGGUUGCUGCCCAUGCACCGGAGCGUCGCGUCGGCGCUUUCCUUGGCGGGUCAAUUCUGGCAUCGCUUGGGUCGUUUCACGAAAUGUGGAUGUCCAAGGCUGAAUAUGCAGAACACGGUGCCGCGCUUAUUCACAAAAAGUGUCCGUGA